AAAGAUAUUAUCCACUAUUUUCAGAGCUACAUCACCGCAAUGUGUAAUCCAUUAGAGAAGAAGCAAGUCCAGUUUGACAAGUCCUCAUGCUCCGAGUUAACUGACCCAACAACUUUAGAAUACAUAGAAAAAACUACCAAUGCUUUUAUAAGACCAUUGAAGAAAAUUGCUCAGUUUGAAAUUUCAGGGACAGAGUUAGCAGUAACUCUUGCAUUGUCACAGAUUGAAGAAUUAGCAGGGACAGCAUUGGUUGGUAAAGAUCAAUGUAAUGUUGAAGAUGAUGAUCAUGCCAUGAAUGCAUCAUCCAGACUUUCAACAGUAUUAGAGAGAGCACUUUCAGCCAAUAGCGACGGAUUUUGCUCGGCUGAGGAUUAUCGUAAAGUUCCACAAGCUGUAAAACGAGUACUUGUUAAUUGUCUACAAGAUGAUGAUCAAGAUGACAUUGAUGAUGAAUUACUUUUUGCAGAUGGCACGAAGGAAAGUGGUGAUACUGAUAAUUUUAAACGUUCUAACAUAAUGAUGUUUUAUGAAGGUGAUGAGAAACCAAUAGAAGUUGAUGAGAAAACUACAGUACAAACAUCACCUGGUAUAUCAACAAUAGCUGAAAAAGUGACAGAAUUAACUGUGUCAAAUCCAAGUGUUUCCACACUUUUAACAAAGCAACAAGAGUACUUGCGUAGUUUUGGUAUGUCAGUAGGUUUUAAAGAGGCAGAAGUAGAUAAAGCUUUAUGCUUUGUUCAUGAAAAGACCAGGCCAUCUGAUUUUCUUGAUAUGUUAAAUUCACUUCAAAACCAGGAAGAGAACCAGGAAGAGAAUGACAGCGAUGAUGAUGUCAUCAUUCUAGAAACAGAAACUGUAAAUCUUGUUACUGAUGAAAGAAUUGUGGUUGAUGAAACUCUAAAUGUUAAAGAUAAAGGGAAAAUAUCUAAGGAAAGCAAUACAAAUGAUAGUAGAAGACUUUCUAAAGCACCUGGUCAAACCUCCUUACCAGAUGGGUAUAAGGAAAGAUUGUUCCAGGAUUUCUUUACUGAAGAUGAAAAUUGCUCUGUUGAUGAACUUAAGAAGAGGAAUGCUGAACGACAAAAGUUGUUGCGACAAAAUUUUGAAAGUCAACAAAGAAAUGAUGCUAAUAAUGAAACUACACAAGAACAAACUGGUAAAAAACAAAAUAAAAGAGGAAAAAAUAGAGGAAAGAAAAAGAAGCAGCAGCAGCAGCAACAGCAACAAUGUGUUGAAAAUAAACAAGAAAGGGAAGGCAUGCAUGAUAAACAAUUCCGCUUAGACACUAAUGAAAAUGAUAAAGCAUCUAAGAAUGAUGAUCAGACUUGUGUUUUAAGGGUUUGGAGUAAAGAUCAGGGAUCAACAAGUGCCAGUGUUGGGCAAUCAGCUGAUGAACCAUUUCAGACAACACCAAAACGUAAGGCAGAAAACCCACAGCAGCAGCAGCAGCAGCCUCAACUAAUCUCGGGAAAUAACAAUAAUGUAAGACAGAGAUCUCCAAACCCUGGCUUUAAAAGUGGGACACAAUGGGUAGAGCCUGUAGGCAGAGGUAAAAAGCCGAUGCAGAUUGUGACACCAGUAAAUACAACAGGAGGAGAUUUCAACAAGAUGGCUGGACAAGCUCAAGGUGGUCCAGUUGAGGAGGACUUAAGAUAUAUUGUCAUUGAUGGGUCGAAUGUUGCAAUGACCCAUGGCAAUGGAAAACAUUUCUCAUGUAAAGGUAUAAAGAUUUGUGUGGAUUAUUUCCGUCAAAGGGGACAUAAAAAUAUAACAGUUUUUGUUCCUCAAUGGAGACAGUACCAGCCGAGUGAUACCAACAUGAUUCUAGAUCAGAACAUUCUAUAUGAACUAAAACAAGAAGAUAUAUUAGUGUUUACACCUUCUCGUAAAAUUGGCAGGAAACUUGUGGUUGCCUAUGAUGACAGGUUUGUUUUAGAGCUAGCCGAGGCUGAAGAUGGUAUUAUAGUGUCUAAUGACCAGUAUAGAGAUCUCAUGUAUGAAAAGGCAGCAUGGAGAAAGUUAAUUGAAGAAAGGUUGCUCAUGUACAGUUUUGUAAGGGACAGAUUUAAGCCACCAAAUGAUCCACUAGGAAGAGAGGGACCCUGUUUAGAUGAUUACCUUAGAGUUCCCAAAGUGACACCUUUCCAAAGAUACCGGCAAGGUUAUAAUACUCCACAUCAGCAACAACUACAACAACAACAUCAUCAAAAUCAACAGCAGAAUCGGUCAAAUCAGCAACAGAACCAGCAUUAUCAACCAUUUCAGUCACAACAAAAUUAUCAGCAACAAUUCCCACAAGCUGUAGGUCAUGGACACAUUCAGCAAGGUCAAGGACAAUUUAAUUUAGGUCAAGGUCAUAUGCAGCAAAUGCAGCCACCUUUUCUAGCAGGUAGAGGAAAUUUUGCCAAGGCUGUAAACCAGGGUCUUAAUUAUAAUGAAAAUAAACAACCAUUCCAAAAACAGGCAGUUGGUGCAAGAAAUAAAACACCUGUUCAAAAACAAUCUGAAGGUCAGCAUUUGAAUGACGCAGAUAAUGCAACACAGGGAACAAAACAAGGUAAAGGUCAAUGGAAAAGUACAACACAGAAAGGUCAGUGGUCACUAAAAGGAAAAGGAAAUCCUAGAACUGAUGAGGAGACUGAAGAAUUGUUUAAAGAAUUAAGAAUAAUGUUUCCUGAUGAUGAUCAGGAGGAAAAGAUAAGAAGUGUUUUAGCCAAUCAUGACAGGGAGCGUGACUUGACCAAACUUACUAAUUAUUUAAUGAGUGUACUGUUUUAAUAAAUCUAUUUUGUUAUUGAAUUUAUUAUCAAUGAAAUAUUUGCUUUAUGA